UAUAUGGCGGCUUUGUGUCAAUGGAUCAAUUUUAAAAUUUAUCUUUUAAUGCUUUGAAGUGCCAUAUUUUGUGAAACUAGUUUGUGAUAGCAUGUUACAAUGCUUACACUACUUCAAGCUACGCUGAAAGAAAAAUUCGGUUAUAAUGAUUUCAAGACCGAUGUACAAAAGCAGGCCACUAUGGCUGUUUACGACGGGAAGAAUGACGUGUAUAUUUGUUUGCCUACUGGAUCUGGCAAAUCUCUAUGUUUUCAAUUACCAGCUAUACUCAAGGAAAAUCAAGUUGCCAUAGUAUUUUCACCACUUAUCGCUCUUAUAAAAAAUCAAAUAGAUUUCUUACGCAGCAAGAAAAUAAAUGCACAAACAUUAAACUCGAGAAUCUUAGGGAAAGACAGAGAAAAGAUAAUAAACAAUUUACAAUCAAAGGCACCUACUAUCAAACUAUUGUAUAUCACUCCAGAAAUGAGUGUUCAAAGGUACUUUAAGAUCCUCAUUGAGCAAAUGUACAAAAAUAACAAAAUAUCAUAUUUAGUAAUUGAUGAAGCACAUUGCCUAAGUCUAUGGGGUCAUGAUUUUCGACCAAAUUACAGAGAACUGGGUAAUUUCAGACAGAUAUGUCCUACUGUUCCCAUUCUAGCUCUAACAGCAACUGCUUCAAAAGAGGUAGUCACUGAUAUAUUUGAUACUUUGAGAAUGAGUAAAACCAAACUUUUUUCACUACCUGUAUUUCGUUCAAAUCUCUAUUACGAUGUGUGGUUCUUAGAUUCAAUAGAGAAUCGAUUUCUUCAUCUAAAGGAAUUUAUUUUAAAAGUACUUGGUUCUGAACAGGAAAAUGUACCAAAGAAUGAGAGAAAUUGCGGUAUUAUUUAUUGUCGAAAGAAGGAAGCAACCGAAACUAUUGCAAACAAAUUAACUAAGGCUGGCAUUCCAACACUCGCAUACCACGGAAGUUUGAAAAGUAGCGACCGUAUGCGCGUACAGGAUAAGUGGACUUCAGGAGAAGUACCAGUAAUUGCAGCUACUUGUAGCUUUGGAAUGGGUGUGGACAAGGGACCUGUUAGAUUUGUAGUACAUUGGACAAUACCCCAAACAAUUGCUGGUUAUUAUCAAGAGUCUGGGAGAGCAGGUAGAGAUGGUAAACCGGCUUUCUGUCGCAUAUAUGUUAGUAACGAGGAAUAUUCGGCUAUUUCAUAUCUUCUAAAAGAUAUUGCAACUGGGGAUCAAGUUGAUCAAAAAAAAAGAAAAUGGAAAGAUUUUGAGAAAAUGAUCGAAUACUGCAUGCAAACUAAAUGCCGGCAUGCAGUAUUUUCAAAAUACUUUGGUGAUAGUCCACCCAACUGCAAAGAUAAAUGCGAUGUUUGCGAAAACAAGGACCUUGUUCAAGCAAGAAUUUCAGAAUUCGAAACGUAUCCCACAAAGCCAAGGAGACCAAUAAAUGAUUCCGAUGGAUUUGCACUUCCAAAAUGUGAUAAUGGGUGCGACGAUGAUGAAUCAGGUGGUCGUAGAAUAUCAAAGGAACAACUUCUUGCUCGAGAGAAACGGGAAGCAAAGGAAUUUCUUGAGCGCCAUUUUGGUAUGCGUAGAGGCAAUAAUAAUCGUGAAGAGAUAGAAAAGAAAAAUAAAGAAGCUGCUAAGAAUGCUGAAGUUUAUGCUGCCGAUAGUACUGAUCGAAAAGUGAAGGGAUUAACCGUUCAAGUGCGGGAACACAUGUUCAAACAACUUAGGACAGCUUUAUUGGAAAAUCAUUCAAAGUUUAGUCAUGAAUGUAACGUUCCUCUGAAAGAAGUUGACGUACAUGUGUUGGCCUGCCGUUUAGAGUAUAAAAUACUAUGCGAUACAAGAGUGGCCAACAAGUAUAAAUACAAUGCUUUUCAGCUGGUUUCUGCCGUACAGAGAUGUACAAAAAACAAUACGAUUUAUGAAAACCUUCAAGAAUAUAAUCCCAACCAGAAAGGUCUGUCUAUAACGAAUGUUCUCAAGAAUAUUGAAGCGAGAAAUGAUGAUUCAAAAACUACUGAUAAAUUAAUAACCAUUUCUCAAAGUUCAAAUGAUAGUUCUAAAACAGAUAAAUUCAUCUGUGGGUUCAAAACAGCUUUAGAGCUUAGUAAUAAUGAUAAACAAGAUCUGAAAACGUCGAACAACAAGGAAAUUUCACAGAUUAACAAUUUGUCCGAUUCUGACAACUUUUCAAAAAUGCCCAGCAAGAGUACAAGUAUUGAACAUAAUGAAGAGUGUGAUAAAACGUCAAAGACAUGGAAUAACAGCAUCGAGGUGAAAGAGAACGAAGUCAACAUUGUAGCAGAUCUUAUGUCCAAAUACAAAUCAAGAAAAAAUAAAAACCACAGUUCAACAAAGAUGUUUGCUGAAAAGAAAAUUUUCAAAGGGAAUGUAAAUUCCGAUGAAGUAACAAAGAAAAAAGAUGACCACUCAAUUACGAAAGAAGAUUGUUUAGGUACAGAAGGAGACAUUGAUUGUGUUUUUAUAAAAGAGACAAGUGCUGUCAAAAGAGGAAGUGUUGACGUGAAAAAGAAAAAUUUACCAAUUACGACAUUUACGACUGCAACAAAAUUGUUAGACGACAAAAGUGAAAUACUUCAUAAAACAAUUGAUCAUACAAGUGCAAAGAAAAAAGUUGAAAAUAGAUUAGGUAAAUGGAUUACACGGGAUUCGCAUAAAAAUCGAAGUUCCUCAAGUCAUAUAUCUUCCAAGUCUAAAUCUAUUCACGAGAAGAAAGUCACGAGUGCUACAGUCAAAUCGCUUGAAUCCAAAUCUAAUAAAGUCAGUGGGAAAACUGAAUCCGGAGAAAAUCAAAUAACGAAAAAACCAAGUCACGAUGGUCCUAAUCAGACGAUUACAAUUUCUGAUUCAGAUGAUUGUAGUCCAGAAUCAAUAGAAAUUAAGAAAUCCUUUUCCAACAGUAAAAAACGCAAAGUUCCUGACUUUAGUGAUAUUGAUACAAAAUUGCAGCCCGCUUCAAAAAGGGUAUCAUUACCCGAUCCUCAUGUUAGAAAAGAAUGUGUGAUGAAACUCAGGGAGGAAGCCACUACAAGUAAUACAUAUAGCGCUCAACGAAAAGAUGAACACAAAAAUAAAAAAAAAAGUGUUGAGUCUACAGUAAUUAGCACUAUCGAAAUUUUGAAGAAUCACCUCAAGAAGUAUUACGGAUCCAAACGUAUUCCUGACAGAGAAUCUUUCCGUGAAAUUUCUAAAGAGAUUCAUAAGCGUAUCCUGAAUAAAAGAAUAUACGAUGAUGCAGGUAUAAAAAACUUCGUAAAAAAUUUCCUUGAAGUGAAAUAGCUUCAUCUCAGGUGAAAUGAUUAUAUAAGCUCAACUACUUAUGUACGAAACAAAACUAAUUAUUAUUUCAGUAAUGUUCCUGUAAAUCGCCCUUGACUGUUUAAUAUAUAUAUUUAUGCAUUUACAACGUCAA